AUGGAGAUCGAGACCGACGACGACAUCCUGCGCAAGGUCGCCUCGGGCGGGUCCAUGGACUACUCGGCUUGGCCCAGUCUUCUCAUAGACAUAGUGGCGCGCAUCGAAAAGAUCGCGCACAAUGACUUCCCGAUACCCUCAAUUCCUCCUCCAUCCACCGCACCGCCACCCCCAGAGCCGCGCUUCCUCGCGCCGCUGCCCUCCUCCGACCCCAUAGAACCGCCGCCGCAGCAGUCCGGCGCGGCGACAACGACAUCAGCAUCAGACAGCCAGGACUCAUCACAGGACACCAACAAAGAGAAUGCCAACCCGACCGCCUCGGCCUCGACAGGCCCGGGGCCGCAACCACCAACGGGAGAAGCAGCAGCAGGAACAGCAGGAGGGACGGCAUCACCCCUCGAGCCCGGCGCCCUCCCGCCGCAGAUCACCGCUAUGCUCGCCGAGAUCAAGACGACCCUCGUCGACGGCUUCCCCGUCUACCCACCACACACGAUCCAGCGCCUCGCCGAGCUGGUCCUGGCCCCCAGGCAACACUACCGCUCGCUGCCCUCCUACCUGCACGCCGUCGAUCGCGUCGUCCACGUCACCAGCGGCAACAACAUCUACCCGCUGCCGCCCGCCAUCCCCGACAUGUCCGCCAUGUCGCUGCUCGCUAACGGCGUUGGGAGCAGCAGAGACGACUCGAGUCGGAACAGCAUGGCGUGGGCAAACGCCAGCGCAGGCGCAGCGGUCGGCAGCGACGAGGCCCUCGGCGGCGCGCUCCUGACGCCCAUCCCCUGGCUGCAGCGGAGAGCGAACGGCGGCAGCGACGCAUCGCCCUCGCCGUCACCACCCAUCUCCGAAGGCAGCGCGGCCGCGGCCGCGGCCCAGAACCAAGGCCCGGCCGGCGCACAAGCCUCCCAACAGAGAGGCGUCCAAGGCGCAGCAGCACAGUCGAGCCCCGGAGCAGGUAAUGGCGGCAGCGGUGCAGGCAGGCAGUUCGAGGGCCAGGUGCGGACGGAGAGCACGGAGACGAUCGACGGGCCCAACGGCAUCGGCAGCAUCGAGACCGUGUCCAUCUCGUUCAACGGCAUCCCCUCGAUGGGCGCCGCCCGCGCCCUCACCCAGGGCGAGAUCCUGCGCCAGGAGCAGCGCGCCGGCGUCGUCCCCGUGUCCCAGCUCGCGCGCGCCAGCGCCGCCAUGACCGCCACCGCCUCCCCGCUGUCCGCCGCAUCAUCGUCGUCACCUGCAUCGUCCGCAGGCGAGCCGACGCCCACCAGCACCGGCAGCCCCGGCCCCAGCCCCAGCCCCGAGGGCGCGGAGCUGACGCCCUCGUCCGCGGACGAGGAGAUGGCCAACGUCGGCGGCGACGAGGUGCCGCACGCGCGAGGCCCGGAGGAGAUCGGCGCGGCGGACACCGGGCCGCAGAACCCAACCACCUCGCCGUACAUAGUCGGCAGCGGGGGCAACGUGGAGAUGCGCGGCAUCGAUGUCGAGGCGGCGGUUGGUCGGAAGGCGGAGCAUUCACACUCGCCGGAUCCCGACUCUUCUGUCUCAUCCGCCCUAAGCCCUUCGUCAAAGCGCGAGGCGGACGUGGACAUCGAGGCUACCGACGCGCCGGCGCAGAAGAAGCUAAAGGAACAUGAGGGAGACGAUGUCGCUGGGGCCGGAUCAGAUGACGCAGCAGAUGGUCCAUCGGAAGAAGGGGAGCCGAAGAAGGACGCUGAGGGCGAUAUCGAGCUCUCAGAUGAAGUGCCCGAGGGCAGCAUAGAUGCAGGAGUUGAGACAGAUGCCGCCAGCACGGAAGCUGCAGGUGAGGCGAGCAAAGAAUAG